AAAAACUCAAGAAAAGCGUGCCAUCACAUGGCACAAGUCAAAAAUAUGUGUGAAGUCGAGCUAAAGGGACAGAUGGCUGCAAACGAGAGCGCAGACGGACCGCUGAGAACUGCAGAGGAUUUCAAAACUUCAGCAUGCGGAGAUACAAAAUCCUGCAAGAAAUUAUAUCUGACAUAUAAAGGGGCCGUUGCUAUAGCAGCAAUAUCUCUGAUCACCGCGAUCAUUUUGUCCUCCGUUUUAUUUGCCAUCUGGGGAGCAGCACAGGAAGAAGAUCCAGCCUUUCAAAAUAAACAGACGGAAAACCUGCAGCAGUGCCAAAAAGAACGUCAGGACCUGAAAAUGAUGCUGCACUUGGCCACUCAGGACUCCAGAUGCCGUUUGUGUCCUGAAGGCUGGCUGUGGUGGAGGCGUCACUGCUACUUUUUCUCAGUUGGACUCCAGGAAAACCGUCGGUGGAAAGAGAGCGCCGAGUUCUGCCAGGAGCACAACAGCAGCCUGGUUGUGAUCAAAGACGAUGCAGAGAUGGAUUUUCUCCAAGGAGUUAUGUGCAAUGCCACCAAAUUUCCUUUCCUGUGGGUGGGGCUGACGGACAGCCAGCAGGAGGGACGCUGGCUGUGGUUGAGUGGGAAGGACGUCCAGGACCACCUACCGCUGGCGGUGCAGUGGGACAGCGAUGAUAGGGACUGUGCAGACCUGAGGGGAGGCGGGACUCUGUUUGCUGCGGACUGUGAGGAGUACGGACCCUGGGUCUGCAAGAGAGAGUCCUGACCGGCUCCACGCUCUUCUUAUCUGCAUUUCAGUAACAAACUGCGAGCUGAGGGAGAUCUCGAGUUUUAUAUGUCCAGCAAAAGAUCAAACCAGCCCUACUGGAUGCUAAAGUGAAAGAAAUACUUUAUUGGUGGAGCUUAAUUGUUUUAAAAAUGCUGACUUUUUUUCAACAAUAUCAAACUAUUUAUGACAACAGUUUCUUCUAAAAGUGCAGUUUAAAAUGCAUGAAUCAGAAAGCAAGAACAUAUUUAGCCUAAUAAAUGUUUUUUUAUGGUUACACAUUAUUUCUGUCAUGCAUCUUAGAAGAAUCUCAGUUUAUAACAUCGUUCUAAAGACUAACACAUUCAUACACGGUGAUUCCAUACAAGCAUAAUCUUUCUAAACAUUGUCAUUAGCACUUUAAUACAAUUCAUCCUUGAUAUUACUUUGACAGAGAAGUUGAGAGUAACAUUGAGGUACCAUUUAUAGAAAUAAAAUAAUCAGACCACUUCUUAAAGAAAUCUCCUUCUUCUUCUUCUGCUCCUGCAGAUUUAAUUUGAGGUCAGAUCCUCUUUGUUCAGAGAAAUGUCGAUCAGGUUUAAGCUUGGAAACCCCAAAUUAAGACGUCUUCCUCUUUUGCUACAGAGUCUAAAGGACAGACUUAAAAGUUUUAAGUUUGUUUUAUUUCUACAUUCCCCCCCCCCCUGAAUGCGCCACGGCUCAUCAGUAGCCAGGAAGGUUUGCUAUAUUUUCCUACAUUUCCUCGCUGUGAGAACGUAGGAUAUUUCUAUUCUAUCAAUCCAUGCGGCUCUUGAAAACGUAUCUAUUUAAAUAAAUGAGUUGGUUGGCAGAACCAUCUGGAUUUGAGUCUUUUUCAUUACAGACCAGAGAAACCCAAAGUCUCUGGGUCUUGAUUAUUUUUUU